CCUCUGACCCGGAACUUAUGUCAAAAACCAAACAAGAGAAGGUUGCGUUAGCUUUCUUGGUAGCUUGUACCGAAGUCGGGGGUUGCAAUAUUUUUUUUCCACAGUUAAAUCGUUCCAAUCCGCCGUGUAUAGUUUAAUAAAUGCUGUUUAUAUGUUAAACGGGUGUGUUAUUGUUGAAUAAAGACCGAGAGGCGGAUAAAUACGGAAGCUAGUUAGCUUAACGGUGCUAUCGAGGCCAAAAGCUGCAGCGUUUUCAGUUAACGUGGAUGUUUGGAAGCAGACCGAACUGGUCCAGGAGGAGGGUCGUGAGUCGUGACGUCUGUUAAAUAAUUGCCAGACUUCAGUGUUUUUAGGGCAUGGUGGUUAUCCCAGCGGUCUCCAGAUCAGUGAAAAGUGUAGGUGGAGUUUGGGUUUGAUGCUUCAGGUGUAGCAGUUGUAGUUACAGCCACAGUUAUGGAUGAUUUUAGUUCGAUUAGCCUGCUGUCUCUUGCGAUGUUGGUGGGGUGUUAUGUGGCCGGGACAAUACCUUUAGCCUUCAACUUCUCCGAGGAGAGAUUGAAGUUGGUCACUGUGCUGGGAGCAGGUCUGCUUUGUGGGACUGCACUCGCUGUAAUUAUUCCUGAAGGAGUCCACGCACUUUAUGAAGAAAUCCUAGAAGGACACCACAGUCACGUUCAGGCUGGAGUUGUGGAAGCCUCUGAGUCAAAAGUGGAAGCUGAAUCGGUUCUCGACGCGACCGGGAAACACGAGCACGGCCACGAGGAGCUCCAUGCUUACAUCGGUGUCUCUUUGGUCCUCGGUUUUGUUUUUAUGCUGCUGGUGGACCAGAUCGGCAGUUCUCAUGUUCACAACACUGAAGAUCCCGAGUCGGCGAGAGUCGCCAGCUCAAAGAUCACCACCACUCUGGGUCUGGUGGUCCAUGCUGCUGCUGAUGGAGUGGCUCUGGGAGCUGCUGCCUCCACGUCUCAAACCAGCGUUCAGCUCAUCGUGUUUGUAGCCAUUAUGCUGCAUAAGGCCCCAGCAGCGUUCGGUCUGGUAUCGUUCCUGAUGCACGCCGGUCUUGAGAGGAACCGCAUUCGCAAACACCUCCUCAUCUUCGCCUUAGCUGCUCCUGUCCUCUCCAUGAUCACGUUUUUAGGUCUCAGUCAGAGUAGCAAAGAGGCCCUGUCCAACGUCAACGCCACCGGUGUCGCCAUGCUUUUCUCCGCCGGCACCUUCCUCUAUGUGGCCACGGUCCAUGUUCUCCCUGAGGUGGGGGGGAUGGGCCACAGCCACGCUUCUUCUGGAGGGAAUGGAGGGAUGGGGCUGAGCAAGGUGGAAGUGGGGUCUCUGGUUCUGGGCUGCCUCAUUCCCCUGGUGCUGUCUAUCGGUCACCAUCAUUAAAACCACAGAAGAAGAGUCUUAAAGACGGGUGUACAGGAAAAAAGCUGAUGCAGAGACGUGAAACGCUGCAGUUUUUAAUGUUGAUUAUUUGUCUGCUAGUGGACCAGAUGGAUCUUCUCAGAGACAUCAUGAGACUUGAUGAGUGGCGUUGGUGGGAACUGAGCUGUGACAACCAUGAGACAACGUGAUGUUUUGACAUGAUAUACCUGCGUGUGCGUUUACUCCAUCUGAAUCCUUUUGUAAGAGAUGGAGCUUUUUCAUUCAGUCCAUGUAGAUCAAAGCAGACUGUUGCUUUCUCACACCUGGUGCAGCGCUGGUUUUAGUUCACUAGGUGGCAGUUGCACAGUGAGCUUUAGUCAUGGUCAGGUUUGUAUGUGCAGAAGCAGUCAAGUUCAGAUUUUUUUAUUGUCGUGUAAAUUUCUCUAAGUGACUUCAAAGUGCCAUAUGAAGAAGUGAGAGAUGGAAGGGGACAGGACGGCCUUGGACCAACCAGCUGGAGUUCGUUCCAUCUAAGUCUUGAAAUAGCUGUAAAAACCAGAGCCCGCCUCCGUCAGUUAAUCAGUCACUUUUCUUUUCCUGGUUUCAUGGUGGGAUGUUAUCUCUGUCCUUUCUUUCCUGUAAAGUUACUGUAAAUGAACUCAUGAGAACAAUCUGUACAUAAGUGAUUGAGGUUUGUAGAGGUGGGGGUUUGUUUCAGCAGUGCAGCGUGGCUCUGCCUCCUAGAGGCGAGAGUGGAAACUGUUAGGGACCAUCAGCUCAGGAGAACAAACAUAAAACUAAAUGGGAAGACCA